AUGGCGUCUUCGCCCCUCUCUCAGUCGGGGGCUCGAGGCGCGCUGUGGCCUAGGCUGCGGCGAGCCGACCUUCGGCGUCCCCCUGCGGCUCAUGCUCCAGCGCCCGCCUUCAACGCAGCCUCGCCGCGUUCGCUUGCCUUUCCCGUCGUGGUUCCCUCGUCUUCGACCCUCAAGAGUGCUUGCAGCGGUGCAGGGCUCCAGCACGCCUCUCUGAGCUUUCCUGUUUUGUCGGUGUCGCCGCAUCUUUGCUCCACGUCUGCCUCUUGGACUCCGCCGUCUGCUGCCGUCCCUCCGCGACUCUUCUCCUGUCGUCUCUCUUCACUUUCUUCUACUGCUCUCUUGCCUCGGUCUUCGCUUGGCUCCUUUGCCGUGUCGCGUUCCUCACGCGCGUUUCCCUCCCCCGUGCCGUCUCUUUCCUUCGUGCGCGCCUUCGCGCGUGCUGCCUCGCGCCAGCUUUCGGCGUCUCGUUCGCCAGGGCCUGCAGCGCUGAAAGGCGAGCUUGGUCGCGGCAAUGAAGAUGCGCAGCACAGCGACAGAGAAGACGUCUCUGCAGAAGAUCCCGGCGAAGAGAAAGAAGGACACGACGACGCGCCUACCGGAGCUCCUCGGCGAGCACCCAGAAGGCACAACGAAGGCCGUAAAGACGAUCCAAAGUCGCAGUGCAGCGAAGAGCACAGUCAGGGGAGAGGGUCACACUGGACAAAGGAGGACGAGGAAGGCGACGGGCGCGUUACAGGAACGGGCUACAUCCGUAGGGAUGCGGAUGUCGGGAAAGAAGACGCGACGGUCGCCGCUGUUUCUGCCUCACCUUUUUCAUUCUUGUCGCCGCAGCCGAAGCGCGCACGAGGGAAGCCUGAGAAAGUCAGCAAAAAGCAGAAACCGCGAGAGAAGGAGACUUCCGCUGCUCCCGCCUUCCGCUUCAAAUGGAACGCUAGGGCUGCGCUGGAGGCAGGACGGGGGGAGGAGGCGGCGGUGCUAUCUGUCGCCAAGCAAGGCGAGCGACAUGCACACAGCGAGACAGAGACUGGCGGCGAAGAGAAAGCCGAAUCCUUGAUGACCGGGGCAGUGCCGCAGCUGCGGCUUCAUUCGGCGACCGCCUGCCAGGGAGGAGUAAAACGGCGCGAGAGGCUUUGUCACGGUCACCCCUGGGUCUACGAGCACGAAGUCGCGAACCUCGAAGAGCUGCGAGGCGUCCCAGCCGGCACGCUAGUCGAAGUGAUUGAGGAGGACGGCUCGCUCGUUGGAGUUGGGCUCCUCAACCGCUGUUCGUCGGUGCCUGUCAGGUUCCUGCGGCAUGCGUUGAUUUACCAGAAGCAAGGCGGUGGAGGCGGGAUGAUUAAGUCGGCCGUGCCAGACGCCUCCUCGUGUGACCCGUCUGAAGCAACCCCCUCUGCAUCGUUUCAUUCUCCGCCUGCCACUCCUCUCGCUUCUGAGCCGCCAUCGUCGCCGCCGCCUGCGAAGCAGCUACGCGCACGUCUGCGCCCAACUGACCUCCUGCCCGCGCCGGUGGAGGAGCUCUCCGCUCGCCUCCGCGCCAGUCUCCAGCGCCAAAGGGCGCUCGCACUCAGCGACCCGCUGGUCACGUCCUCUGCGGCCGCUCCCUCCGCCGCGCCGUCCUCGCUUCCUGUCCCGGGAGGCAGUGCGGCGCCCAAAGACCGGUUUUCGCCCUCCGCACUUCGCGCACUGAAGGCCUCGGGGCGCGCGCGCUUCUCGGCGCGAGACCAAGGCGCGGGAGCGGACGCACCGGGCGGCUCGUGCCUGCGAGAGACAGUUUUCUACCGCGCCGUCGCUGGCGAGGCUGACGGCCUUCCCGGCCUCGAAAUCGACGUCUUCGAGUCCUGUGUCGGACGCGAGUCCGCGCGAGCUCAGACCGUGCAAGUCGUGCGACUCAACUCAGUGUCGGCGAGGCCGCUGCUGCCUCUCGUCGUUGACAUUUGCUCGAAGGAGCUCCCACCGGCGACAUGCAUCGCAGUGCAGAGUAUCCAGUCGAAUAAGGAGAAGCUCGCACAGGAAGGCGCCGAAUUCGUCACGGAGUUGGUCCACGGCGAAGACCCCUGCGUCUGGUUUGAGACGCGUAGCCUUCCCGUGCGCGCGGAGCUGGUCACGCAUCUCCUACUGCCGCCGUUCGCCGCCUAUUCGCCGUCGUGCCAGCAUCUCCAGCGCACGUGCUUCCACUUGACCGAGAGUCUGCGCGCGCAGUUUGGAGCUCGCCUGAGUCUCCUGACAGUCCGCGCCGGCGCGCGCGCGAUCGGAGUCAUUUCCGCGCUCUCCGCGGAGGCCGAGGCGACUCAGACCGCCGCCGAUCGCGCGCCGGAGGCCAGAGGAAGGCUGGGCGCGGCGCUUGCGGGAGCUCCAGAGUGGAGCGCAAAGGUUGAGAACGUUGUAUUGGUCGAGGAAGCCGAAGCGCUCGCAGACCUCGCCAGUCAAAUGGCUAGACGAAACGGACUCGCAGAGAAAACCACCAUCUUCACUCGUGUCGACGUCGAUGUCGAGCUCGAAAAAAUGACGCGGAGUCAUCUCAAAUUCCACUUGGCGUAUCUUCACUUCCCUCCGGCGAUCAAGUUCCGCCCGUCGCAGCGCCACGGUCAGUUCGGUGCAGGCUAUCGGCCCUCGUUUCGCGGCGUAUCGCGGUCGCUUAGCACGAGUCUAGAUCUUCUGCACCCGGGUGGCGUUCUCGUCUACUCGCUGCUGCUGCCGAAAGAGGAGAGCCGCGACGUCGGCUUCGACUUGCUCCGCGCAGCUGUCCAGGCAACCGGAAAGAAGGCUGUGCUCUUGGGCACCUGGGGCUCGAAUAGUGACCAGCGCUUCCUCGUGAGUCACAACGACUUAUGGUACGAGCAUGUCUACUGCGUGCGUCUUCAGUGA